AACUAAUGACGUAGCAGUUGAAUGAGAUACUCAGAAAAUACACUAAUUUGUUUUCGGCGCAGUACAGACGAGCGCUGCGCAGAUGUACCGGAAUUAAUCAUGCAAAGACCAAGUUUUACACUGGUGCUGUCUGGGCUGUUUCUUGCCUACAUUCUCCAUUCCUUAUGGACAAUUGCUUCUCUGUUCUUACCUCCAACAUGUCAUGAGACAUCAAAGGAUUGCAUUCAGUCUCAUCUUAGCACCAAACCAAAACUACAGUUUUUGCUGUAUCUGUCCAACUCAGCAAACAUUCAAAGCCAAUCAGAAUUGAAGUUCCUUGGAAGAUGGAAGGAUCUGGAUCUCACAGAAGCAAAGGAAGAACAGUACGCGGUCACUGUACCGGGGCUGGCCCAGCAGCGUGCCGGCACCCUCCAUCUGCACGCCUUCGUGUCCCCGAUGCCGCCUCCGGGCCGGCGCUACCAGGACAUGAUCAGCAGUCCGGUGGCCGUGUACGCGCGCGCGCCGCUCAUAGAGAACCACGUGCCGCAGACGGAGGCGUUCAAUCUGCUGGGAGGGGAUGAACAGAGUGCGCCGCGCUCGUCCCAGUCCCCCGGCCCGGACGGCCGGCCGGUGCCCCACCUGCGCUCCCACGUCCCGCUGCUGGUGCUGGCAGAGGAGGCCGGCCUGCCGCGCAAGGACAUGCCGGCAGACAUCGCGGCCAUGGUGGCCCAGCGGCUGUCGCCCGAGGGCAGAUACCUGCCCCUGCUGCGCGUGGACCAGCUGUCGACCCGGGUCAAACAUCUGACCCGCAUCACCGCCGCGCCGGGAGAACAGAUGAACGUCACGGUCAGACUGGAGCCGGCCCGACUCGGUAAAAUGAGGCUGUGGAUGCAGUUUGAGCUGGGCAUGACGUCGAUGCAGCAGCUGGGUUUUUCGGCCAAGGACCUGGACGAGGUGAAGGGCAUCUUCACCGAGACCAACAUGGUCCUCCUGUUGGUCACCAUGUUCGUCUCCGCCGUCCACCUGCUGUUCGACUUCCUGGCGUUCAAGAACGACAUCGAGUUCUGGCGGCGGCGCAGCUCUUUCGCCGGCCUGUCCACGAAGGCGGUGCUGUGGCGCGCCUUCUCACAGGUGGUGGUGUUUCUCUAUCUGCUGGAUGAAGAGACCAGCUACCUGGUCAUUGUGCCCAUGGGUAUCGGCACAGUCAUUGAGAUCUGGAAGGUGUUCAAGGCGUUCCACAUCUCCAUCCGCUGGGGCCUGGUGCCGCGGCUGUCGUUUGGCGCCCGCACCUCGGACGAACUGCGUACAGCCGCGUUCGACUCUCAGAGUAUGACCUACCUGUCGUAUCUGCUCUAUCCGCUGUGUGCCGCCGGAGCGGUGUACUCACUGCUCUACACGCCACACAAGAGCUGGUACUCGUGGUGCAUCCAGAGCGUGGUGAACGGCGUCUACGCCUUCGGCUUCCUCUUCAUGUUGCCGCAGCUGUUUGUCAACUACAAGCUCAAGUCGGUGGCCCACCUGCCCUGGCGCGCUCUCAUGUACAAGGCUUUCAACACGUUCAUCGACGACCUGUUCGCGUUCAUCAUCACCAUGCCGACGGCACACCGCGUGGCCUGCUUCCGGGACGAUCUGGUGUUCCUGGUGUACCUGUACCAGCGCUGGCUGUACCCGGUGGAUAAGAGUCGACUGGAUGCCGCCGCCAGCUUCGCCGAGAGCAGCGAGGUGUCGCCGCCGCCGGCAGAGACGCCGGCUCAGCAGAAAAAGCAGCAGUGAGGGGUGCGGCGGGGACGCGGAUGAUAGUCAGGUUUGUCACUCAUGGGAGCGAUGCCGGAGGUGGGUUGUAAUGUCUUGGAGGGGCUGCAGGUGGUAUUUGUAUUUACUAUGAAUCUGGUAGGAAUUUCGAUGUGGGUGGUGAGGGGACGUAUCUGAUGGGAAGGUGGAAGUUACUAUGCGAGUUUAGGAAGGGGAGUGGCGAGUAAAGAGCCAGAACGGAACACAGUACGGUCGAGAGGAGCGGACAGUGUGGCAGGCGGGUCUGCCGCUCCGAGGACCGCUGUGGGGGGCGGGCUGGAGCCGCUAGUGUUGUAGACGUUACCGUAAAGCGUGGUUCACAUCACACACAUGGUUGUGGGCGGCUGCAGUUAUGAUGGUAUGACGUGUUAUGAAGCAAACAGGGAGCAAACAUCAGCUGACCUAAGCUUCGUCCUCGACCCGGCGAUGACUACCAAAAAGACCGCAGAAUUAAAGACUGCAUUGGCGUGCAUGCCCUGUGAUUGCUACGAAUGGUUGCGGGAGGGUGCUGUAAAAGUGUAUGGGUUUUGUGGCGAGGGGUCCGGUGACCCGAGGCAUUGGACAGGGUUUUCAACCAAACGCAGGUCUCAGGAGGUGGCUGGUGGUAGGUUGGGGCUGCACUGUCACAGGGGGUGGUUGGGUGUCAGGAACGCAGCGCGGGCGUGGUUGUAUCGGUUGUAGCGUCUUGUUUAUGGCCGGGUUGGUGUCGGGUGUCGGAUACGGCGGUCCGGGGCGGUCGUCUUGCACAGGCUGCCAGCAAUGUGAUGCCAAAGCUGUCGCCGUUCGCGGCGAGUCUCCAUUCCUUCCUCCCGCUUUUAGACAGGCGGCGAGGCGAGCUUUCGGUACUGCUGUUUCUCGUCGACUUGUUUAUUUAUUUUGUAGUUUCAAGGCGUAGGAUUAUCUGAACUAGCUGUCUAUGUGAAUGAAAGUGCUUCACUUUGUGUUUUUGUGGCAUUGAAGUUGGACUACAUGGUUCCGCGGCCUAGUGGGGCUCCUCGAUUGUUACUUGAAAAGUGGGUGCACAUCGUUCUGCGAGGGGCGCUCGGAUGUGCCAGCACGCAUCGUGAUUGGACUGCGUAAUUUGUGAUUGGUUCGUGCGGAUUUGUGUUUACAAACCGUUCUGCGUAAAAGAAGCUGCAUAAAUGUUUUCGUCUGACAAAUUGCAUCGUCGGUCAUCCAGCUACCAGGGUUGUGCUUGACUCAUGAGUCGAGUCAGAAAUUUGACUCAACUCUGACUCAAAUGAGUCAGAUUUGAGUCGAGUCGGAUAAAAUGAGGAGCUGUUGAGUUGAGUCAGAGUUGAGUCGGACGAAAAUAUUAAGGCGUUGAGUUGAGUCAGAGUUGAGUCAGUAAAAUACCUUUUGACAUUAAGUUGAGUCAAACAUUUAGGAACAUGAGUCAGCUGACUCAACUUUCUAGAAGCAAGCUUUUCAUCCCCCCCCCCCCCCCCGCUUAACAACUUCGCCCUGGCCCUGCUGCCGGAUUUUUUUUUUUUCACCCCCGCCCCCGCUCAACAACUUUUUUAUCUGAGUCAAUUUUGAGUCAACUCACUUGACUCAACAAAAAAUUUGAGUCAAGUUUGAGUCGACUCAUAUUUUCGUUGAGCCGCUUGAGUCAUGAGUCGAGUCAGGGCAAAAAAUCAGCUCCUUGUUUGAGUCAGAGUUGAGUCAGGGCUUUCUGAAGUUGAAUGAUGAGUCGAGUCGGCAAAUUUUUUUGAGUCGAGCACAACCCUGCCAGCUACGAUAGGAAUGAAGAGCUCUGUCAUGUAUUGAUUAUACCUGUGUGUCGUAAUCGCUGUUCUGUGGUAGUUUUUUUCCGUUCCGUGGCACAGACUGAUCUGAAGAGCUCGACCCGACUCGUGAUAUUUGGACAGCACUGCUUUAGUCGUCCCCCGGUAAAUAUUUGUUGUUUCAGUCGGACGCCCAGCCAGUGUUUCCAAGCUCCUGUUGCUCAUGUAUUUUUUUUUUCGAAUACAGAGCUAGCGGUGCAUGAACGCUAAA